AUGGGUCGGUUAAUUGGAAUAGAGCUUUAUAACUUCAAGUCGUACAGAGGGAAGGCCGUCAUAGGGUUAGGCACCUCGAAAUUCACGUCAAUCAUUGGUCCUAAUGGUUCAGGUAAAUCCAAUUUGAUGGAUGCAAUAUCAUUUGUGUUGGGUGUUAGCUCUUCGCAAUUGCGAUCACAGAGUGUUAAGGAUUUGAUAUACCGAGGACGUAAAAGCAGGGAGACGGGUGAUGAUGAUAACGAUACGCUAUCGGACAAAUUUGAGAGAGAUCCCCAGACAGCUUAUGUAGUAGCGACAUACGAGAGGGAAGACGGUGAAAUUCUAAAAUUCAAGAGGAACGUUUCGAUAAAUGGGUCAACAGAAUACCAAAUCAAUGGCAAAUCCGUAACGAGACUCAAUUAUACGCUGGUGCUACAACUGGAGAACAUUUUGAUAAAAGCUAGGAAUUUUUUGGUUUUCCAGGGUGAUGUUGAACAAAUUGCAUCUCAAGCGCCAAAAGAUCUCACGUCAAUGAUUGAGCAUAUUAGCGGAUCAAAAGAAUAUGCCAAAGAGUAUGACAAACUAAAAGAUGAGAUGGAAAAAGCCCAUGAAGUUACAAAUAGUUUAUUUUCAAGAAAGAGGACUUUAAAUUCCGAAUCUAAGCAGUAUAAAGAACAAGCUUCAGAGCAACGUCAAUUUGAAAAACAGCUCAUCUUAAGAAAUGACAUAAUCAAAAAGAUAAAUUUGUUCAAACUCUAUCAUAAUGAAAAGAAGCACUAUCAGUUGCAAGAUAGCAUCAAAGAAAAGAGUACUGAUUUGAAAAGGUUGAAGGAGGAAAUGCGUUUAAAGGAAGCAACAUUCAAAUCAUUAACUGCAGAUUACUCCAAAUCAGUGUUGGAGCUUAAAGCUCAUGCUAAAGAGAUUGACAAUUGUAAGCAAAAAAUAGAAUCAACUAAGCGAGAUCUAAUCCCCGUUAAUACCAGCAAAUUAUCAUUGGAAUCCAAAAUCGAGUCGCAGAAGCGUAAAAUAUCAGAUUUGGAUCUGGAACUCGACUCUCAACAAUUGCAGAUAAAAAGCUUGAUGCGACAGUUGAAGGAAUCACAAAAAUUGUUCAACGAAUUUGAAGAGGAGAACAACAACAAGAAUGCCUCACUUAAUGAGUUGUCCUCCUCACUGAAAGUGCCAAAAGAAGGACGUAUAGAAUACGAAAUAUUGAGGUCUGACUAUUUGGCUUCAAGCGGAUCAGACUUGGAAGAGCAACUUUCCUUAUUUUUAACUGAAAAGGAGAAAAUAGCUGCAAGUAUAAGGAGUCUUGAAAAUCAAAAGUCCAAUGUAGCUGGCAGGAUUCAUGAACUUAAGUCAGAGCUCAAUUUGAAUUUGAAACCAAAACUUGAUGAUAUGGUAAAUGAAAUCAAUCAAGUAUUGAAUAGCAAAGCCGAAAAGGUUCAAGUUCGUGACAAGCUAAUUGAAGAAAAAGAUAGUCACAACAAGCAAGAGCUUCAAAUAAACACAAGGUUACGAGAUGUAUUAUUGAAAUUGGAAGAGUUGUCUUGCCAGCAGCGUGAAUCCAAUAAACAAAAGAAAUUAAGAGAAAACGUGUCCAUAUUGAAGAGAUUAUUACCAGGAGGAUCAAUCAAGGGAAUAGUGCAUGAAUUAGUCGAGCCUUCUCAACGAAAAUACGAAUGUGCAUUGCUGACAUUAUUAGGCAGAAAUUCUGAUGCAAUCAUUGUUAAGAGUGCAGCUACAGCUUACAAGUGCAUUGAAAUCUUAAAAGAAAGACGUGCCGGUUUGGCAACUUUCAUACCAUUGGACUCAAUUGAAUCUGAACCAAUUGAUCUUAACUACUUGAGAUCCAUAAGUGAAGGUGGUGAUACAGUUCCGGGUGUAGAUGUGGUUGAGUAUAGUGACAAAGAGUUAGAACCAGCCAUUAACUACAUCAUUGGCAACACCUUGGUCACAAAAGACAUAGCAGUUGCAAGAUCUCUUAGAUGGAAUUCCAAUCUUUCUUUUGAGAAUAAAAUCAUUACACUUCAAGGCUCGGUAAUACACAAGUCUGGGCAGAUGACCGGUGGUUACCAACAGCAAAAGUCGUCAGCAAGUGUUAGCUGGGACAAACAAGAGUGGAGGAGAUUAAAUGAACAAAAAGAAAGUUUACUCAAUCAAUUGGCAAAGUUGCAAGAGUCUAAACCAAAGGAAAUGGAAAUUAAGAUGUUGGCCGAGGAAAUCAGUUUGUUGGAUGACAAGCUUCCUACAUUGAAAAAUCAAAAAACGAGUGUGGAGAGAACCAUUAAAGAACGAGAAGACGAAAUUGCAUUUCAAAGUCAACAAUGUGCUGAAUUCAAAACUGCUAUACAGAACAAUGAGUUAAAGUCUAGGGAUAUCGAUACGAAUGUUUCACGAGUUUCUGAGCGCAUCAAAACUUUGAAAGAUGGAAUAUUUGAGAACUUUUGUGUCAAGUGGGGGCUUGAAAAUGGAAUUAGUUCCUAUGAAGAGUUACAUGAUGGUAGUAGCGCAAGAGCAAGAACCAAAGAGAGAUUACAGUUUGUAAAAGCUGUAUCAGUUUUGAACAAUAAGGUAAAUUUUGAAAAAGCCCGAUAUCAAGAAACUGAGCGCAGAAAGAAUGCUCUACAGAACCAAAUCUCGGACUUGGAAAAAGAUAUGGAGAAUGUUAUAAAUCAACAAAAAACGUUGAUGGAGAAGUUGGAUGUUUUUGAAGCCGAACUUGAUAUUUUGAAAGCAGAAAAGAAUAAAAUAUACUCCAAGUCGCAGUCAAAGUCCAAAGUCUCCAAAUCGGUUGAAGCCGAUAUCAACGAACUUUGUCUUGAAAUAUCUGCAUUGGCGAAACUGAUUAUUCAACAAGAGGAAACUUUACUAAAGGUUGAUACUGACAGAGGUAACUUGUUGAAAAAUUGCAAGAUACAAAACAUUUUUGUACCUUUGCUAAGUGACGGCGACCUCAGCACAAUUCCUGUUGUUGGAGAUGACUCAGAAGAAGCAAUGGAGGUUUUGUAUAACAUCAAAGUUGACUAUGAAAUGCUUGAUGAUAAGUACAAGGAAUCAAAUAAUCCGCGGGUUGAGAUUGAGCUUGAAGCCUCGUUGCAAAGUACUAUUGAGAUCUUGGAAAAACUAACACCUAAUAGCAAAGCUAUGGAGAGGUUUAAAGAUGUAGAGGAGAGACUCAGAAGUUACGAUAUGGACUAUAGCGCUGCUAGACAGAAUGAGCGGAAAGCUAGUGAAAAGUUUAGAAAAGUCAAGGAUUUAAGGUAUGAAAAAUUUAUGCAAGCUUUUAAUCAUAUUUCCGGUUGUAUCGACUCUACAUAUAAGGAGUUAACAAAGUCUCGCAUGUUCAAUAUGGGAGGUUCUGCAUAUUUGAUGUUGGAAGACGAAGAUACCCCCUUUUUAUCAGGUGUCAAAUAUCAUGCGGUACCUCCAAUGAAAAGAUUUGAGGACAUGGAAUUGUUGUCAGGUGGUGAGAAGACUAUAGCGGCCCUAGCCUUGCUUUUUGCUAUACAUUCAUUUCAUCCUUCCCCCUUCUUUGUACUAGACGAAGUUGAUGCUGCAUUGGAUAAUAGUAAUGUUGCGAGAAUCGGUAACUUUAUUAAAAAUCAUGCAAGUCAAAACCUACAAUUCAUUGUAAUUUCUUUAAAAAGCAACCUUUACGAGAAAUCGGAUGCUCUAGUUGGAAUCUAUAGAGAGCAAAGAGAAAACUGUUCAAAAACCGUGACUCUUGAUUUGAGUCAAUACCAGGAUGAAGAGCAACCAAUACGUCUGGAAACCGCAGUUGCCACUUGA